AAAGUUCACAAAAAUAAUUCAUAAUAUUGAUAAGCCGGUCGAAUUUGACGACAGAUUUUGACUUAAAGCGUAUUGUUGACCGUAAAACGUAGUACUCUGCCUUAAUACUGCUCAUUUCAUUUUGAAACGUACUCGGGAACAUAACGUGCCGGUGAAAAUCGUUGAAAAAAUACAUAUAUACUCGCAUUUAAUAUUCUCCAACGAAAAUGGUUUUCAUAACAAAAUUCGCUCGUGUUGGUGUACAAAUGGCUCGCCAGGUGCGUGCCAUGCCUCUUCCAGCAUCACAGUGGCGCAGUUUCCAUGUCAGCUGCAUUCUCGACAAAGAGCGACGCUUCACAGACAAACACGAAUGGGUCGAGAUGGUAGAUGACAAGAAAGCCAUUGUGGGCAUCUCCAGCUACGCACAGGAAGCACUUGGCGACGUUGUGUUUGCACAGCUGCCCGAACCGGGCACCGAGCUUAAGAAGGAUGAUGAGUGCGGAGCACUCGAGAGCGUUAAGGCAGCCAGCGAGGUUUACUCGCCCGUCAGUGGCAAGGUGACGGAAAAGAAUGGCGAAGUCGAGAAUACACCAGCCCUAGUCAAUAGCAGCUGCUACGAGAAAGGUUGGCUGUUCAAGGUAGAGAUCGAAGAUGCCACGGAACUAAAGAAACUUAUGACUGAGGAGCAGUACAAGGUUUUUCUUGCCAACAGCGAAGAUCAUUAAGUCAGUUAUGAGAUAAUUGCUUUCAUUAAAACAUUUGCUGUAAACUCAUUGACAAUUCGCCUCCAACUCAAAACUCUUAUCAUCCACACAGUUAAAAAAUACACAAAUAUCCAUUGGAUUUCGUUAUGCUCUAAGAAUAAACUUAAAAGCCAAAUAUUACACUUGAAACAAUCACAAUC